UUUGACGGUUAUGUGUUCGCAUAACGUCAACAAUGGGGCAAACGGUGGGACGCAUGCCUCAUAUAUGGGCAGAUUUAUUGAAAGAAAGAGAUCGUGUUUUAUAUUGGAGUGGUGAGGUUUUAUCAAAAGUGAUCGACAACGUAAACGAAGAAAGAUCAUUCCUGAUCGAUUACGGCAAUGAAAGCAUUGAUAAAAAGAUCGAUUCAUGGAUGGAUUCGAACGAAGCACGAAUCGAUAGAAUUUUCAGUAAACAUCCAAACCUGCCAGAAUCAUUUAAACUUGAAGUGACAAACGAACUCAAACAAAUAAAAGAAGAUUUAAGAAUAAAAAUGAGACAUGAUUAUUACCAUGGCUAUAGAGACAUGGACAAGUUUACGAAAAAAGUAGACAAACUAGGAGAACGACAGCGUAAAAUACACGGGAAACUUCUACAUAUUGAAAAUAUUUGCGAUAAUAAUAUAAAAGAAUUUCAAAGAAGAUUCGGUCCUUUGCGAGUGAAAACGUUUAAAAAUCUUAAAUCAGGUGAAAAAUUGAUAGUUAAAGACAAGAGACUGAAGUCACAGUUUGCUAAACGAGUAUACGAUAUUGAUCAUAAAAAUGUACAAGAAUGUGCGAAAUGUAUCGACAAGUUAAUAAAGAUUAUUGAAAAAAAAGCUAUGUUUAAACAAUGAUUAAAUUUAGAUAAGUAAAUAAUCAUUAAAAUCAAAUAAUCAUUAACUUAGGUAAGACGAAUAAAUAAAAAUCAAAAUAAAAUUAGAUAUAAGACAAAUUUGUUAAAAUACUAAUGAGAAAGCGUAAAUCAAAUGUAAAAAAACGAAAUUAAGACGUAAAUAAAUUAAAUUGAAUGCAUAUAUAUUUAA